AUGGAACCUACCAUAAUCAGUUCAGUUCCUACUACUGCAUCUCGUUUUGCUUUACUACAAGUUGAAAGUGAUACUGAUUCGAAGCCUGGGAAAGGAAAAAGUGGCCGUGGUGCCAAUAAAUCUCAAACUUCAGGAGGAAGAUCAUCUACAAAUGAGAAAAAAAGAAAUAAAAGGAGAAAAAAGAAAGAACAGCAGCAGAGUGAGGCCAAUGAGCUCAGAAACCUUGCUUUUAAAAAGAUUCCCCAGAAAUCCUCACAUGGAGGCUGUCUAUCUCAGCAUGAACAAAAACUGCACGCUGCAGUGCAGAAGGACUCUCAGGAAGAAAAUUGGCAGGAGUGGAGACAAAGAGAUGAGCAGCUGACAUCUGAAAUGUUUGAAGCUGAUCUUGAAAAAGCAUUGCUGCUAAGCAAACUGGAAUAUGAAGAGCACAAAAAGGAAUAUGAAAACGUUGAAAAUACUUCACCUCAGUCAAAGUCUGUGAAUAAGAAAGAGAAAAAGAACCAGCAAGGAAAAGACAAACCUCUCACUGUGUCUCUGAAAGACUUUCAGUCAGACAAUAACGUUGCUAAAAAACAUGAGGAUCUGAGCUCUUCCCAGUCUUCGUUGCAUGACGGAGGAUUUUUCAACAGGCUGGAAGAUGAUGUUCACAGAAUACUUGAAAGAGAGAGAAGGAGAGUCCAGCUCACUGAUCACGGUGAAACAGAUAACUGCACAUCUCAUGAACACAACCAGGAGAGUGUUUUGAAAGAUGGAAAAACAGAACGACUAAAGCUUGAGCUUGAAAAGAAAGAUGCAGAAAUUGAGAAACUGAAAAAUAUAAUAACUCAGUGGGAGGCAAAGUACAAAGAAGUAAAAGCAAGAAAUGCACAGCUUUUGAAGAUGAUGCAAGAAGGUGAAAUGAAAGACAAAGCAGAAAUACUCCUACAGGUUGAUGAAUCUCAAACUAUCAAAAAUGAAUUGACUGUACAGGUAACUAUACUUCAUGCUGCAUUAGAGCAAGAAAGAUCCAAAGUGAAACUACUGCAGGCAGAAUUAAAAAAAUAUCAGAGUGGGAAAAAAGGGAAAAAGCACUCAGAAUCUGACCAGUGCAGGUGA